GUGACCCGGUUGACGAGUUCGGUGAGUUUCCGUUAGCUGCGCGAGGACGAUGGUCAGCGCAGGCCAUGGCUACGGUGUGUGUUUUAUAGAAGAAAAAGUCGCUGGAAGUACGGCAGGAGAGAAACAGUAAACAAUAAAAAGCAAAGUAAAAAAUAAACAAAUAAACGAGACGGGUAAUAAUGCCUCGGAUGUUGUAGGGGUUUUUGAAAUGGCCAUAAGAGAGCUGAAAGUGUGUCUUCUAGGGGACACGGGCGUGGGGAAAUCAAGUAUUGUUUGCAGAUUUGUCCAGGACCACUUUGAUCACAACAUCAGCCCAACUAUUGGGGCGUCGUUUUUAACCAAGACGGUCUCCUGCGGCAAUGAGCUUCACAAGUUCCUGAUCUGGGACACGGCAGGGCAGGAGAGGUUUCACUCUCUGGCCCCGAUGUACUACAGAGGGUCUGCUGCUGCCGUCAUUGUGUAUGACAUUACCAAACUGGACUCCUUCCAGACCUUGAAAAAGUGGGUGAAGGAGCUAAAGGAACAUGGCCCAGAGGAUAUUGUGGUGGCAAUUGCAGGAAAUAAGAACGACUUGGGUGAUAUACGGGAAGUUCCCACAAAAGACGCCAAGGAGUUUGCAGAGUCGAUCGCAGCCAUAUUCAUCGAAACCAGUGCUAGAAAUGCUGUCAAUGUUGAGGAACUCUUUCAAAGUAUUAGUCGGCAGAUCCCCCCGCUGGAGAACACAGACGUGGAUAGCAACGAGUCGUUCAAGAUCACGCGCCAGCCGCUUCCAUCAGCUAGACGCUGCUGUUAGAGGAGUGAGAAAUUUGGCUUGCUCUCUUCCUUAUAGAUGGAUAUUUAAUUUAGCUUUAUAACCAUCAUAACCUGUAACCUAAAGUUAGCCUGACUUUACUGCUGAAGUGAAAAGAGUUUAGAUUCAGCAGUUUUAAGCAUACAGUAGCUUAACGAAUUUACAAAAAGACACAAGGCAGAUUGAAGAAUAUUUCCAGUGUUCAGUGUGGAGCAGAGUUAGCUGGCUAACUCUGUAAGAUUCAUUUCAUAAGGAGCAGAGCCAUAGAUCUUAAAGCAUUGGUGCCAGACUCCAUUGCUGUAACUUCACAGUCCUGAACAACUUAGAACUCAAAAAAAAAAAAAGAAGACAAAACCCUGAAGUCUGAUUGUGCUGUCCGUCUCUGUUUAAUGCUGGUCCAGUAUCAGCUGGCUGUGUCCAGAUGUUCUUAUUAAUAACGACACGAAAGACAAACAAACCCCAAAAGCAUGAGUCCUACUCUUAGGAUUUUUUUUAACACUUAUCAGAAAGCAGAAUGGUUUUAAAAACUGCUCAGAGUGUUUACAUUAGCCUUUUAUAAUCAGGUACUUUACCAGCUCUCUCAACUGACAGCUAUAAUAUCCACAAUAUGUAGAAUAUAAUCACAGUGUCGCUUGUAAAUUUAAAGGCAGAUUCACACAGAUUUGUCAGUUUACCAAGUCCAAGUCAGAGCAAAAUUGAUCUAUUUGCUGUUUGAUUUAGUUUGGGUUCACAGUGCUCAAAAUUAAACAUAAAUGUGAAAAGAUGAGGGGUUUAUAGGCUUGGGAGUGUACGUGCAAAACUCUUUCGUUCAUUCAUCGGUCAAAAAUAUUGCGACGAAAAAAGUAACAAGCAAAUGCAAAGCACACAUAGAAAUCACAUAAAUCACCUGAGUACGGAGAACGCAUAGCCGAGGCUAGAUAAAUGAUUUGUUUAAAUGACGAAACAGUUUGUUUAUUGUAUUUUAUAUACGGUUCAAAUAUCCAGAAUA